GGGAGAUGACACUUGACAGUACCGUCAAAUUUGUUUCCCUUUCAUUUCAUAUUCAUUGAUAUUCAUUUGGUACUUGGUAGGUAGUCGUUCUUGUUGGAUUUCAGUUCUAGUUUGACUGCAGAGUUUUAAUCUACUAGAAACAUGUCCGAAAAACAUUUGAAAAGCGGUGACGCAUUACCACCAUUUACCGGAAAAUUGCGGUUAUUUGCCAUGAGAUUUUGCCCGUAUGCCGAGAGAAGUGUGCUCGUUUUGAAUGCUAAGAAGUUGGAAUAUGACUUAAUAUUUAUUGAUCUUGAUAAUAAGCCUGAAUGGAUUUACAGCUUCAGUCCAAAAGGAACUGUACCUGCACUGGAAUAUGAGGAGGGAAAAGCUAUUUUCGAUAGCAAUGUAAUUAAUGUAUAUCUAGAUGAGAAAUAUCCGGAACCUCCUCUGCAAUCAUCAGAUCCAUUAAGAAGAGCCCAAGAUAAGCUCAUUGUGGAAUUAUUUGCAGCUGCUCAAUCUGCAUACUACACUGCAGCAUUCAAUGCUCAAGCUCUCACCCCAACUACUGCAGAAAAUUAUCACAAGGGGCUAGAACUGUUGCAAAAGGAAAUUGAAGCUCGCAAUACAACAUACUUGUCUGGAGACCAGCCUGGACUUGUAGACUACACUCUUUGGCCAUUCUUGGAACGUUUCCUGGCCUUACCAUUGUUAGGAAAAUCCGAAUUUACAAUUGAACAAGAUAAAUAUGGAGCUUUGUUGAAGUAUAUUGAAGCAAUGAAGAAUGUAGCUGCUGUAAAAGCAUAUUCCCUAGCUCCGGAUACUCAUGCUAAGUUCACUGAGUCACGGGUAAAGGGGAACCCGGAUUAUAACAUGCUUGAUACCAGCAAUGUGUGCUGCAUGCGCCCAAGGAAAAAGAAGGAAUAAGACAAAGAUGAAACAUUCCUGCCUCCCUCUCCAUUCUUUGAAAUGAAUAAACAUUACUUUUUAUUCAAAGAUGUUUGCAUAAUAUUAUAUUGAUUUUGUCGCAAUAAAGUACAAUUUUAAUUAAAA